UCCUCCGACCGAGCGGAGACGGGUCUCCAUCAUAGCCGGGGCUGCUCGCAGAAGCCGUUUGCUGGGAGUAACAACGCGCUGAGCGAGGUGUCUGUUGACACCUUCUGUUGGGCCUGGUGGCGACACAGCAUUAACUUUUUGGGACUAAACAUAGAAUGUAGCAUCGCUCUUCUCUCCCUCUUUACCACCACUGCCUGCUUCGCUAACACCACUCACAAUGGGAGAGAAUCAGAAGGGUUUGUUCUCAGUCAUUGAGAAACUGAAGGGCACCACAGAAUUGGAGUUCCGGAUAGUUCUCCUUGGCCUGGAUAACGCUGGUAAAACUACCUUACUCAAACAACUCGCCUCAGAGGACGUCAACACCAUCACACCUACUCAGGGCUUCAACAUUAAAAGCGUGACAUCCCAUGGCAUGAAGCUCAACGUCUGGGACAUUGGAGGGCAGCGAAAGAUCCGCACUUUCUGGAAAAAGUACUUGGAAAACACAGACUUACUGAUCUAUGUCAUUGACAGCGCAGACAAGAAGAGGUUUGAAGAGACAGGGGUGGAGCUUGCCGAGUUGAUCGAAGAGGAGAACCUGAAGGGUGUGCCCAUACUCAUUUUUGCCAACAAGCAAGACCUGGCCACGGCAUCACCUGCCGCCGAGAUUGCUGAAGGACUCAACCUGCACACAUACAGAGACCGCGAGUGGCAGAUCCAGGCCUGCUCUGCUGUGUCCUCCGAGGGCGUACAGGAUGGCAUGAACUGGAUCAGCAACAACAUUGCAAAUAAGAGGAAGGUUGAAUGAAUGCAUAUAAUUUGUUCCCAAAGUAAUUUUUUACUUCACAACCCCAAUGUUUUCUUGUGUAACAGAAUAUUCAUCAGAGCAUAACAAAAAAAAACUAUUUUGUAAGUAUUUUUUGUACAAACCUCAAAGCUCAGAAUGCGAAAAAUCCAGUCGUUGUAGCAUUUGCUGGCUUAAGAGUUUCCACAUACUGAGGUCAACAAAGAAACAAAUAAAAACAGACCCCUACCACACAAGCCAACAGGUUGCACUCCUCUUCUCUCCUGUCAAAACCUGAGACCAAGAGCAGUUUUUUUUCUCUGAAUGGGUGACUGGCCCUCUCUAUAGGGCUCUGGAACAUGAAAUGGAAGUCGAUUGAAGCAUCAGAAUUGUUGGAGGGUGGAAAGGUUUAGUGUGGUGUCUGAGAAAAAAGACUAGAAAAUGUGUUUAGUUGUUAUAUCUGUGUGUACAUGAACUACCCACUACGACAUAACCCUUUAACUAAUCCAGCCCUGACCUUACUUAAAAUAGCCUGUCAGUUAUAGUUCAGUGGAGAUAUAAAUACACAGAAUUAUUUAAAGAUUGUAUUAUGUAGAGUGUACAAUGAAAUUGUGUCUCUGCAAUGUUUGUGACAUUAUGUGAACUUAUACUGUGACAUUAAAUUUCUCUAGUUCUUUACAA